AUGAGCGAACUGAACCAUUGGCGGACUGACGUGCAGGUGCGCAGCUUCUCCCAGCUCAAGUACGACCUGCGGGACGUGAACACCUUCGUUCUGGAACCGGACGACGACGACCCGCUGGUGAGGCGCCGGACGCGUUCCUUGCACGGCGUGCAGAGCCUCGAGGAGCCUGACGGGGAGGAGGACGCCCGCUCCGUCCACAGUGCCAAAGUUCUGUCGCGCUCGGAGAGCGCUCCAAGCCUAGAAGGCAGUUUUGGUUCGGGAGAAGAGAACGAACAGAUAGAAGACGAAAGCAGCAAGGAAGGUGAUUUGCAAUCGGAGGAUGGGGACGGUCAGGCAGAGGACGAAAGUAAAGGGAAAGGCGACAGAUCACUUCCGGACGGGGGAGAAGGGCGCGCGGACACGCCGUUUCCCGAGCUUCACGGAGACAUCGAGGAAGGCGCCAGCCAAGAGGAAGUGAAUGGGGAGGGAUGGGAAGAAGCGGCGGCUGCCGAGGACUCAGCGAUGGUGGCUGACGACACCGCCAUGGCGGUGAACGACACCGAGCGAGCCACGGGUCCGCGAGGCGGCGACAGCCCUAACGGCCAACAAGGCAGUCCCGUGCACAUGGAGCAGGCCGAGCUGGGCUCGCAAGCAGCCAGCGGCAGCACGGCCACUACGUCGACCAACUGGUCCUCCCCCAUGUCCACCGAGACGUCGUCCACGUCCAGCCACAAGACGCCCACCAGGAGGUUGGAGAGGAGGCCCGAAAUAUGCUGGGUCCACGGCUACCAAGGCAACGGCCCAUUCAGCAACCUGCACGUGGUCCGCUCAGGUGAGGUCCUCUACAAUGUGGCGGCGCUGGCUGUCCUCUUCAACCGGUCCAAGCACCAGCAGCGCUUCUACAUGGGACACUCGAUGGACAUCGACUGCAUUGCGUACAAUUACAACGAAGACGUCGCAGCCACGGGACAGGGUGCCGGUUUCAACCACGCACCUCCAGCGCACAUUCGUAUCUGGAAGACCGACACUCUUGAGACGCUGGCGGUGCUUGGGGCGGGAAUCAUUAAUGUAGGGCUGUCCUGUCUUGGAUUUUCAUUCCAGGGCGCCCUUUUAGUUGCCGUAGACUCCAGCCACGACCACGAGCUCUCAUUAUGGGACUGGCAGAAAAACGAGAUCCUUGGAAGAGCUGUUGCGAAUCCGGCUCCCGUGCUUGGCUGUCACUUCCCGCCGUCCGAGAACGAGUUGUUCCUGACCUUCGGUGUGCAACACCUGUGCUUCUGGAGGAAAGGAAAAGAGAACUACCUCGAUAGGCUGGACGCCAUCACCGCUGAGCAUGCGCCGAAGACAAUCACGGCCGUCGACUUCAUGGGCACCGCAGGCUUUGUGACCGGCGACGACGCGGGCUACAUCACCGUGUGGUCGGCUUCUAAAGAAGGGAGCUACUUCUUCAUCAGCAAGGAAUUCAGGGCGCACGAGAACGACGUGAAUGUCCUGCUGUUUCUGCCGCACAAUCUGCUAAUAUCGGCGUCGGCUGUCGACAGAGAAGAUCAGAUCAAGGCGUGGGAUGCCGACAAGAAAUUCCAGAAACUUGGCGUCACAUCGGCAAGUUAA